AGCAAGAGAAUAUGACAAUUACUGAGUACACCAUCAAGUUUGUUCGACUACUUUACUUUGAGGAUGGGGUGGCGGAUACUGAGCAUAAGAAGAAGAUGAGACACUUGCAUGGUCUGCGUCUAGGAUUGAAAGAAAAGAUCCACAGGGUUGAUGAAGAGAGCAUGGCCACUAUCAAGGAGGCAACACUUAAGUAUGAAGCCUAUGAAGUUGAGGGUAGAGAGGAAAACAAGGCCAAAGAAGAGGAGAAGACGAGGAAGUUUGGAGUAAAUUAUGCUGGACCUCGUUACCCACCCAGGAGAGGUCCUAGCAGUUUUGGGAGAACACCGAGUCAAUCUAUGUCAGGAACAUCAUACAGGGCACCAAUUUCCUCAGCCACACAAUUUCCAUUUUGUCAAGUUUGUCAGAAGAGGCAUCUUGGAGAGUGUAGGAGAUUUUCUGGUGUAUGCUUUCACUGUGGCCAACCUGGGCACAUCAUGAGGGAUUAUCCGCAUUCGAGAGAAGUAAGAGCUACACAGUCCGAGCCUUCAGUGCAAUUUAAUAGAGCCCCAUUCAGGGGUGGUUACCAGGGAGUCCGUAGUGGAUUUCAGAGUGGUCGUGGUGGUUCACAAGGUGGUAGAGGUGGUGGUCGAAAUCAGCCAUCAGGAAGUGGUACACAGGGUACCAGAGCACAGGGAGCACCGAGGGUUUAUGCAAUGACUCGAGGGGAGGCAGAAGUGGCACCAGAAGUUGUGACUUGUAUGCUUUCUAUCCUUGGCAAGCAAUUAUAUGCUUUGAUCGAUACUGGUUCCUCUCACUCAUUCAUGUCAUAUACGUUUGCACAUAUGCUACGCUUAGUUCCAGAUAAGCUAGGUUAUACCUUAUGUGUUAAAACACCUGUGGGAGAUACCUUGAAGGUAGACUCAGUAAUUAGAAGUUCCUUCAUUUGUGUGGAAGGAGCUUUCCUAGCAGCAGAUUUAAUUCUGCUACCUUUUGAUGAAUUUGAUGUCAUCCUUGGAAUGGACUUUCUGGCAACACAUGGAGCUGUUGUGGAUUGUCAAAAGAAAGAAGUGUUAUUCAACACACCAGAUAAAGGUAUUGUUGUAUUUCGAGGCAUUAAGAAAAAUGAGACUCAUGGUUUUCUUUCUGCCUUGGAAGCUUUUCGAUUAGUGAAGGAAGGUUGUGAAGCCUUUCUUGCUCAAGUUAUUGUUGUAAAUGAUAAGAAGGUUGAGGAUGUAGAGGUGGUAAGGGAGUUUCCUGAUGUAUUCCCCGAAGAACUUCCCGGCCUUCCACCAGAAAGGGAAGUAGAGUUUGAUAUUGAAUUGGUACCUGGCACAACACCAAUUUCAAUGGCACCAUAUAGAAUGGCACCAAUUGAGAUGAAGGAGUUUAAAGAACAAUUGCAAGAAUUGCUAGACAAGGGGUUUAUUCGACCUAGCAUCUCACCUUGGGGUGCACCGGUUUUGUUUGUCAAGAAGAAAGAUGGCUCCAUGAGAAUGUGCAUUGACUACCGGAGGUUGAAUAAGGCGACAGUGAAGAAUCGUUAUCCCCUUCCAAGAAUAGAUGAUUUGUUUGAUCAAUUGUAGGGUGCAUCAGUCUUUUCUAAGAUUGAUUUGAGGUCUGGAUACCAUCAAUUGAAAGUGGCAGAUGGAGCAACUUCAAAGAGGGCUUUUAGAAAAAGAUAUGGGCAUUAUGAGUUCCUGGUAAUGCCUUUUGGACUCACUAAUGCACCCGCGGUAUUUAUGGCUCUUAUGAACAGAGUUUUCCAUGAAUAUCUUGAUAAGUUUGUGAUUGUGUUCAUAGAUGAUAUUCUCAUCUAUUCUAAAAGCGAGGAGGAGCAGAAAACUCACCUUAGAAUUGUGUUGCAAAUUCUAAGGGAAAAACAAUUAUAUGCAAAAUUCUCAAAAUGUGAGUUUUGGCUGAAGGAGGUAAUAUUUCUGGGACAUGUAAUUUCUGGAAGAGGUGUCGAGGUGGAUCCGAAAAAGGUGGAAGCAGUGGUGAGUUGGGCUCCACCAAAAGAUGUGUCUGAGUUGAGAAGUUUUCUUGGCAUGGCGGGUUACUAUCGGCGGUUCGUAGAAGGAUUUUCUAAAAUUGCUGCACCAUUGACUAAACUGUUGAGGAAGAA